AUGAUACAUAAUGAUAAUGACAAGAAAGUCCUGGCAGAAGGACAGAACCUGGACAAGGUAAAGGUAGAUCCCUUACUUGGUGAUAAUCACGAGGAUGACUUGUACCCACCCCUGGACAAUAGUGCCAGGUUCGCACCACCUUUGGACGAGUCGUCCUUGCAAGCAUUGGGCAUGUUGCCCGAUGAGAUCAAGGCAUUCGUCGCCCAGCGUGACAACUACAUCAACAAGAACGCCAUCCUAAAGGAGCACGUCUGCAUGCCUGACAAGUCAUCCUUUAUCGACUACAAUCAGUUGAGCGUCCUAUCGCCCGUCCAUCCAGAGAACGCCGCUCAGCUGCUCAACAAGCUCGUGGUUGUCAAGCUCAACGGAGGUCUUGGCACAAGAAUGGGAUGCAAGGGCGCCAAGUCCUCAAUUGAAGUCGGACCUGGCAACACCUUCCUCGACAUGGCCGUCGCCCACAUUGAGCAAAUCAAUCAAGACUACAACGUCGAUGUACCUUUGGUGCUGAUGAACUCGUUCAAGACUGAUCAGCAGACGAUCAAGAUCAUCGAGAAGUACAAGUCACAUCGCGUCACCAUUAAGACCUUCUUGCAGUCCAAGUUCCCAAGAAUGUACAAAGACACACUGAACGUUGUGCCCAAGGCUGGUGCCUUCAAUGCCAAGGACUGGUAUCCACCUGGAAGUGGAGAUGUCUUUAGAAGUCUUCAGCGCUGUGGCCUUCUCGAUGAGUUCCUUGCUCAAGGCAAAGAGUACAUCUUCAUCUCCAAUGUUGAGAACCUUGGUUCAGUCAUUGACAUGCAAUUAUUGAACCAUAUGGUACAGAACAACGUUGAGUUUGGUCUGGAGAUCACUAAUAGGAUUAGCACUGAUGUCACUGGUGGAGUGUUGAUCAACUACUUGAAUAGAUUGCACUUGUUGGAGUUGUCACAAGUCAAGACUGAGAAGUUAAAGAACUUCAAGGACUUCAAAUGUUGGAACACCAACAACAUAUGGGUCAACCUCAAGGCUGUCAGCGGCCUGCUCUCUGAGAACAAGUUGGCAUUGGACUGGAUUGUAAACUACCAAAAGGAUAACACCAAGUCACUUGUACAACUUGAGACACCAGCAGGUAUGGGUAUCCAGAACUUUAAGAACUCAGUGGCUAUCAUGGUGCCACGUGGCCGCUACAGACCAAUCAAGUCGACGAGUCAGCUGUUCAUAUCACAGUCCAAUCUAUUCCAGUUUGACCAUGGCCAGAUGGUAUUGAACCCAUCGCGCGACUCUACAGACGUGCCACUGGUGAAGCUCGGUGAGGAGUUUGCCACAGUGUCGGACUAUGAGCGACGCUUCAAAUCCAUCCCAGACCUGCUUGAGUUGGACCAUCUUACAGUGUCGGGAGACGUCUACUUUGGCACCAACACCACUUUAAAGGGCACGGUGAUCAUCGUUGCCAAUCAUGGUGAGCGUAUCGAUAUCCCAGAUGGAGUGACUCUCGAGAACAAGAUCAUCUCUGGUACACUUCGCAUCAUGGAUCACUAG